AUGGCCACACUGAAGAGUUCUGUGGGGACAUUUUUUCUGCUGGGUGCAAACAGCUGGUGUAAGUGUCUGGUGGGAAAUAAUAUUCUUGGGUUUGAACAUUUCCUGCCUAAGAAAUCCACAUUUGAUGAAGAGGUAUCACUGCAGAUAGGUGACCAAUGGAUUACUGUUAUUAAUGAGCCUCUAACUGUAAUUAAGAGGUAUGUGGAGACAUCAUCUAGGAGUCCAUGUAUGAUUUUAUUUGUUCUGCAACGUGGCCAUGUUUCUCAGAGGGAUGUAGAAAUAUUUGCACAUUUUCAGCUGAUGUUCGGAAAGAAAAUGGAGGAAAAUACUGUUGUAGUUCUGGUCAGUGGCGAUGCUAAGACAUCAUCAAGGCCAAACAAAGUAACAAACGAACACCUGGAAAAGGUUCUCCAUCAAAGUGGAAGGAAAGUGUGUGAUUUUAACAACAAUCUGAAGCAAAGCGACUUCAUCAAACAGCUGACUACAUGUUGGAAGAGUGUGCCUGAGUUGCACAUGUACGAGCAUGAAAGCUCAACCAUGUCUGUGGAAAGGGAGAUCUGGAAACCACAGGAAGCAAUGACACAAGAGCAUAUAUCAGGUAACCAAGCUGCUAUCAAGAAGAAAAACACCUUGACCAUCGUGCUUCUGGGACAGACAGGAAGUGGAAAGAGUGCUACUGGAAACACCAUCCUAAGAAAGCAUCAUUUUGAAUCAUAUGCCAGUUCUGUGCCAGUAACACAGGUGUGCCAGACAGCAGAGGAAACUGUUUGUGGAAUCAAAAUCAGGGUCAUUGACACCCCAGAUUUCUUUGAUGAAGAUCUAAAAAACCAACAAGAACAGAUAAAGAAGUGCAAAGAGCUCACUAAGCCAGGGCCUGAUGUGUAUUUACUGGUGAUGGAGCUUGGCCGUUACACAGAUGGGGAGAGAGAAAUAGUUCAGAACAUACAAAGAGCGUUUGGUGCAGAAGUGGUAAAAGAAACCACUGUUCUGUUUACUAGCAUGGAGAAAUUAAGAGGGAAAACUGUAGCAGAGUACAUUAAUAACACUGACACACAGCUGCGAGAGCUGAUCAGAACCUGUGGGUCAAGGUGUCAUGCAUUUAACAACAAUGACCACAAUGUUUCACAGGUUGAAAGGCUAUUAGAGAUGAUUUUGGAAAUGAAGAAGAAAAAUGGAAAUACUGACAUAGAACACUACUCAUUUUGUAAGGAAUCAGAGAAAAAAGACUGCAGAAUUCAGUAG